AUGAACUUCGAUGCAUCUCCCUUUCAUGUUCAAUUCAGUCCAUCUCAUGGUCUGGCAUACGCGAUACGUGAAGGGUCUCUGUUGAUUUACCAACUAUUAUUAGAAGCUGGGGCCGUGGCCGAUGAGCAAAUACAGAAGGAGAUUCCAUUGAUGGUGGCAGCUUCACUGGACUAUGAUCAUAUUUGCCAAGUUCUCCUGGAUUUUGGAGCAGAUAUUAACCGACUGAUGAAUUCUGACGAUUCUGUGAUACGUGACCCCACUGAUGCGACUGAUGCAUUGAGUGCAGCUACUAUGUUUGGCAAUAUUCAGACGGUGGAAUUACUUCUCUCCAACGGGGCUCAUAUCAGAGGUAGCGCUCUUGCGUACUCUCUGAGUGGACUGGAAGACGGGCCUCAGGAUUCACACCGUGAGAUCUGUAACAUUCUGAUACAGCACGGGGCUGACUUGAAUCCGGAUCUUGGGGGAUUCUAUGACACACCGCUCGCUAUGGCACUCCAUAAUUGCUGGUGGGAUAUUGCUAGAUCUAUGAUCAAAAAAGGUGCGAGAGUUGAUACCAGUGAUCCUACCUGCCUUUCAGCGGGAAACAUUUUGGUUGAAGCAGUUUUCAGCGUUGAAAUGACUCGUGAAAUUCUUGGUAUUGGCGUUGACGCUGAUUCUCCAAUUGCAGCUGUUGAUUCAUGGGCCUGGGAGCUCAAUGAUGAGGCCUACAAUUUCACUACGGCACUUCAAGCUGCAGCAUACUAUGGAAGUGUUGACACUGUGAAUCUGUUACUCGAAAAUGGUGCUAAUCCAAAAAUCCUUGGUCCACCAUACAGGACCCUCUCGUUGUCUCCUUUCGCAGGAGUCUGUUAUUACACAGAAAACAUCCAAAUCAACCCCUUUGGGGCCGAUUAG